AUGUCGGUAACACGGCAAAGCACGCGUGGCAGGCGCCAAACACCGCAGUCGGCGCAGAACUACGAGUCUUCCAGAAGGCCGGGGGCCCACACCAGCAAGGACGGGCCGAAGAAAACGGUGCCCGAAAAGCCACUCGAGGAGGAGGAUGCUUACAUGUGCGACAAGCUGGGAAUCAACCACAGCUGCGUGAAGAAUGACAUGAUCUACCUCGAGCACCUCAACGAGUUCGCAACGUUACAGGAGCUCACCAACAAGUUGGAAAAUUCGACGGAAAUCCCGAGGACGGACCAGAUCAAGGACGUUGGGCUGUGCGCGGUGCUGCCGUUCGCCAACCUCGUAUCGCCAGGGUUCAGCAACCACUACAGCACGCAGUACGAGGCCAAGCCGCUCGCGAGCAAGUGCAGCAACGUCGCAUGCGGCACCAACUACAGGGAGGUCCCGGCGCACUCGAGGGCCGAACUCAUAUACGUCACCCCGCGGCAGAUGUACGCGAUCAUCACCACCAUACUGGGGCAGCUACUACACAACGACGACGAGAUAUUCGGCGAUAUCGACUGGAAGGCGGUUUCAAUAGAGAGCCACCUGCCCGUCAGCAUCUGCAAGGAGUUCUGGUGGGGGUUCGACAUCACCCACAUCAAGGACGGAUACAACGGCUGUUUCGUCAGAGCCGACAAGAGGCACAACUUCGAAGCCGGCGGCAACUACUACAGCGACCUGGAGGUAAAGGCAGCUCACCGCGCGAACACCGUUACGCAGAAGCGAGUCAGGGUGCUCAGCGUCAUGAACGCGCGGAUGAAAGCGAAUACCCAGAGCAGCGACAUCAACGCAGACCCCAGGAAGCGGCCUGAGACGCCAAAGAGGAGGAACUGCUUCGGGCGACCAUGA